AUGGCUCGUUCGGACGACGCGGCGACGACCAGCAGCAGCGGGGGCAGUGGGAGUGGAAGUGCUACAAGUGGUACCACCGGGACGUUGACCAAAUCAGCCAGCUCGACUGCUUCUGUGGCGAGUCGAAGCCUCUUGUCCAUACGGCGCUCGUCCUUGUUCAACAACAAGACCAGCAGCAAGACCACGGUCCAGAACGCCGCGGCCGCCUCGGACUUAAGCUUGACCGGGCGCGCUGCAGCGGCUGCUGGCUCGCCCGCCUCGCCCGUCUCACCUAAUACCGAGGCCGAGGCCGCGCGCUCGGGCACAUUGACGACGAGCGCGAGCGGCGCCGGUUUCGCAUUCGGGCUCAGCCUCCGUCGACGCUCGUCCACUACGUCCUCGCCCAUCAAUGCACCCCACAGAGUUGAGCUACCGCAUCGUCCAAAGACGAGCUCGCCGAGCCCGGUAGCCACGCCGCUCAACAGCUGGAACACGAUCUUCACCCACGGACCUCAUCCAGUAGGAGCUACCGCUGCCGACGCGCCCAGGCAGAGCACCCCCACCGCGAGAACCAGGAGCAUGAGUCCCAACGAGCCCACUGGGCCAGCGAUGACAAACCACCGUAUGCAGCAAGACCUCACGACGACGUUCGCACCUUCCUUCGCGGCCUCGUCGUCGUUGCUGUCGUCGAACGCCCAUGCCCAUGCCCUCGUAAACCAACCAUCUUUCAUUCACCCCCACACCGCCUCCGCGCUCGUCCAUGAUCCCCACUCCUCGACGGCCACCCUGCCCAAAGCUGCGAACAAGCAGCAACACCCACCCUCUUCCGUGAGUAGAGAUCCUCACCUCAGGCUGCGAGGCACUGACCCCGACCUGAUCGAUUGCAGAACUGGGCCACUUCACCCAGGGCCGCUACCUCGGCGACCCCCGAGCCCUCAACUCCAACAGGAGCAAUGUCUUCUUCUGCCUUCAACGGCAUGUCGACGAACAACAACACGAGCAACAAGCCAUUGGUCGCUCAGAUCAACACGGCCUCGCGGUCGCCUCUGCCCUCCGCGAGUGGGCCCUCUCCACUUUCGGCGACCAAGUCUUCGGCACUGGCCCCGAUGACCACGACGGCGACCCGUCCGGUCCCCAACUCCAGCUCUAGCUCUCGUCGAGGGGAGCCAACCCUACCUCGCGGCAAAGUUGCUAGAGCACCUGCAACCUCCAUGUAGUCAGUGAGACGUGUGGCACCUGGUACUUCACGUCCAAAUCUGACCCCACUUCUGGUCCUUCCACCAGCUGGUCACGGACCCCCGUCUCGGGUCGACUUCCUCGUCCGAUGCGAGCCCACACCGCCGUCGUCGUCGACACCUCCAUUUAUUGCUUUGGAGGAUGCGACCUCAAAGGUGUCUGCUUCCGUGAUGUGUGGAAGCUGGACGGCGAUUCAUUCCUCUGGUCCAAAGUCAAGGUCCUCGGCGAUAUCCCACCCGUCACUCGAGCGCAUACAUCGACCGUCGUUGGGAGUCGAAUAUGGGUCAUUGCGGGUGGUGAUGGGCCCAACUAUUCUAAUUCGGUCUAUUUCUUUGAGACGAGUACGUCUGACAGUGGGUGCCCUACUUUGAAGGCGGAAGGAAGCAAACUGACAUGAUCCUGCCGUGUCAUCGACAGCUUCUCACGAGUGGUUCAGGCCAAAGGUCUACGGGCCAGCACCUACGAAACGACGAGCACACGCUGCGGUGCUGUACGGGAGUCUUAUCAUCAUUUUCGGAGGAGGGAAUGGUUCCGUGAGUGUGCACUACGGCUAGCCCCUGAUCUUGCCCGUCGCUGACUCUGAAGAGCCUUUCCUUCGACGAGUGCAGAACGCCCUGCAAGACGUGCACAGCUUGGACGUGUCGAAUCAUUACCGACCGACCUGGUCGGAACUACAAGUCAGGGGUCCAAAACCUGUUCGAAGAGGAUACCACUCGAUGACGCUCGUCGGAUCAAAGGCCAUCGUCUUUGGUGGUUCGGAUGGAACGGAGUGCUUCUCGGACAUGUUUGUGCUCGAUCUGGGUGCGUGGAAACUUGAUGAUGCGCUUCCAGAAAAACGAUGGCCUCUGACCGAUUCGAUCGUUGAAUCUUUUUGCAGAGGGUCUGACAUGGACCGAGAUCAUCCCUGAAUUUCCUGCACCGGUUGCACCGGCCAAGGCGACCUCGAAUGUUGGACCACCACCACGAACAGAGGCUUUCCCUCGUCUUUCGCACUCGGCGACCUUGCUGGGAUCGUACCUCGUCAUCUUUGGUGGGCAUGAUGGGAUCGAUUUCUCGAACGAGUUGCUCUUCUUUAAUCUGGGUACGUGGUGGAUGUCUCAGCUCACAGAGAGACGCUGGGUUGGUACUGAUUGUACAACACACCGAACGUCUCACCCGCAGUGUCGUUGCAGUGGGAACCCCGGAGUGCGCACGGCCAUGCCCCAAGUCCAAGGGGAUACCACACUUGCGUUCUACAUGACUCGAGAUUGCUUUGUAUCGGAGGUCAGCAUCGAUCUAUGUACUCGUUCACAUACAUAUGAUGUGCGUGCUGACAUGCCCAAUGGCUCUCCCUCUCCUCCUUCCAGGCUUUGACGGCAAGCAAGUCUUUGACGAAUGCUACUCGCUCGACCUGGGCGCCUUGGCGUUCUUACCCCAAGUGACGCAGUUCAAAUUGGAUGUUUAUAGCGAUCAAGAGGAGUAG